GCAUGUCGAUGUCUCGAGCGGCAGCAGCCAAUGGACUGGCUAAAAUAUUAAACGGGAGCAAAGACCCUGUUCUCGUACGCCACGUAGCCACGUUCAAUUCCUGAGCCAGUCUCUCCAACCCCUGCCGUAACGGGGGAUCGAAAGUGGAAACAGACGGUUGUAGCCAGACUCGUUGCGCCGCGACAGUUCGGACCGGCACUACUGGCGACAUCCGUAAGCUUAGGCGAGAAAAGAAGAGGGAUGAUGCGCGAUCGGUCGGCAUCGGGGGUACAAGGAAUUUUUUUUAACGAGGAGAAAACUUUCCUUGUCUGACGUAACUUGGAGGAUCACAUGCGUCUGAUAUCGAUGGAACGAGAUGGUAACCUCGCGGCGGUGUACGAGAGACUCGUUAAAGUGGUCCAAGAAAUCGAGAAGAAAUUGGAAUUCCUACGGCACCGAAGACUCGGCUUCCUUACAUUUUACUCUACGAAUCUUGGCACAGCCAUACGGAUCUUCGUGCACGUUCGCCUGCCAAAAUUCUGCGCGGAUUUUAUCAACGAUCUGAAGAGAUCGGCAGUGCACGGUCUUCAGCACUCAUCAUUUUAUGACAUUCCUUAACGUCCGCCGAUGCUUCUGUUGCAACAGUGGAAGUGAUUCGCGAUUCUUUCUAUCGUUCUUCAUUGAUUGCAUUUCACAUAAAUACU